AUUACGGCAAACGGUUAUUUCUGUCAAAGCGUGUAAAAAUCACUGUUGUACAAAGUUAAGAAAAAGUUUUUGUACCUAAUAUUUAAAAGUAUAUUAGCACUUGCACUAAAGAAAUAUAUUUAUCGUCGAACCUUAAUAAUAGUAUUUUUGUUUGUUACUAAUUAAGAAUGGAACUAGAGCUAGUUAAAUCAUAUUUGCAGGCUAGGGAUCCUAGCAUAAUGGCUUACAACAGGACUGAUAUGAAAGAAGUAAAACUAAACUUAGGCGAAUUAAUGGAAAGUAAUGAUACAGAAGUGGAAGAACAGACCGAAUCUGAGGAAGAUAAGUGCAUUAAUGUUUAUCUCCGUAUCAGGGGUGAUGUUAAUGAAUAUGCUUUAUAUGAAAUCGAUGGAAAUAGUUUGAUUUGUAAUGUACCAGAAGGUUCAUUCACCUUUAGAAAUGUCAAAUCAGGCGAUUCUAUGAAAAGAAACUACUCUUUUACCAAAAUUUUUGGCCCUGAAUAUGAUCAACAAACUAUUUUUAAUUAUAUCAUAAAACCCAAAGUUUUAUCAUUUAUUAAUGGUAGAAGUUCCACAAUAUUUACAUAUGGAGCUUCUGGUUCUGGUAAAACAUUUACUAUUGUUGGCACACCAGAGGAACCAGGUUUAAUACCUAGAGCUUUAGAAUACAUGUUUAGAUCCAUACCAAAAGUGUCUCAAAUGCCAGAUGUACAACUAUUGCCAAAUGGUAGCACACAAUAUUUUUCUAAAAGUGUUAUGGACAUGCAUGAGCAGUAUAAAAACUCUAUUAUAGAUACUACAAUAGUUGAUGAUAUUAGGACAUACAAGCGAAUGCAAGAAAGGUUGAGUUCUGAACCAGUUGCUAAGGUUGAAGAUGAUCCCAAUGUCUCUGUAAGUGUAUGGGUUAGUUUUGCAGAAAUUUACAAUGAGAUUAUUUAUGAUCUGUUGAGUCUUCCAGCAGCCCGAAAUCAACCACGCCAGAGACUAGUUCUGGGAAAAUCGCAGGGCAACACAUUCAUAAAGAAAUUGACAUAUUUAAAUGUUAGAAAUGGUCUAGAAGCUUAUCAGAUACUUCAGUAUGGAUUACAUAAUCUCAAUUAUGCUGCUACUGCCAUCAAUUCCCAUUCUAGCAGAUCUCACUGUAUAUUUACUGUUAGUCUCUUGCAGACUUCCAAGUGCAGCAAUGAUGUGUAUGUCAGCAAUUUUAACUUUUGUGAUUUAGCUGGAUCCGAAAGAUUAAAAAAGACCAAUAAUUUUGGUGACAGGCUGAAAGAAUCAAAUAAUAUAAACACAUCUUUACUUGUAUUAGGAAGAUGCAUGGAGAAUAUAAGAAAAUGCCAACAAAUAAAAGACAGUAGAUUAAUACCGUUUAGAGAAUCAAAGUUGACACAAAUUUUCCAAAAUGCCCUUUUAGGUCAUGAGAAUGUAGAGAUGAUUGUUAACAUCAAUCCUUCACGUAAUAUGUUUGAUGAAACAGUACAUGUUCUCAAUUUUUCCGCUAUCGCUAAAACUGUUAUUGUUAAAGAAGAGCUACCUAAACCAAUUAAAAAAGAAACUAGAUUUUCUUUAUUAAUGAAAGCAGAAAAUUCUCCAAGACUUAAGGAAAUUGUUUCCAAUAAACUAGAAGUGGAAAAACUUAAAAAGAAAUACAAUAGAGCCAAAGAAGAGAUUAGAAGACUCCAGACUGUAGUUAACCGUCUUAAUGAAGAAUUAAGAGACGGCUUAACAUCAGAUGAAAAAUCUGAAGAAAUUAAACAUUUGCAUCGGGCCAUCGAUAAAAUCAUUGAUGAAAGGGAUAGCGUCAUACAAAUCUACGAGAAAAAACUGGUAGAAAACACCGAUCAUCUAUCCGCAGUUUAUGAGGAGAGUAUUGCACGUUAUAUUGAAAUGCAUAAAAAAGAUAAAGAAGAAGCCAUUCAAAGAAUUAGAAAAGAAUACGAAGAAAGAAUUGCUGAAAUGCAGGUCAUUACAAUCAGUUCAAGUGAUGAAGAAGAUGAUUCACCUAAAAAAUCUAAUAGUAAAUCACAGAAAGAAUUAAAAGAUAGAAUUUUACAUUACCAGAAUCUUGUCGGUGAAAUGUCUGAUGAAUUGCGAGAGAAAAGAGAAGCUUUAAAAGACAUGGAAAACUUGUUAGAAGAGGCGAAAGAGCACUCUGCAUGUCUUGAAUUGGACAUAGAAAGCUAUCGCGAAAAAUAUAAUAAAGAAAAAUCAGAUACUGUUAUGUUACGUGAACAAAUCGAAUUGUUAACACUAGAGCUACAAAAAAGAUCUGCUGGUGUUGCUUCUGAAGAGUCUAGUGACAUUGAUGAUAAUGAGUUUGAAAAUCAUGAACAAGAAACAAAUAGUUUCGUUAUUGCACCUAAAAUAGAACCAAAAUACUCGCAUCCAACCGAAUUUUUAACAUUAGAGAUACAAAAAAGAUCUAUUGGUGUUGCUUCUGAAGCAUCUAGUGACAUUGAUGAUAACGAUAUUGAAAAUCAUGAACAAGAAUCUAAUGGUAAAUGCGAGCUUAUUAAUACUACACACUGUGUAAAUGUCACUUCUGGGGAACAUAAAAAUAGCAGUGGUGAAUUCAAUGUUAUUAAUACUGCGCACUCUCUGAAUAUAACUUCUGGAGGACACAAAAAUAACAAUGGUGUAAACGAGGAUAGUAAUACUACAUAUUGUGCGAAUGCCACUUCUGGAAAACAUCAAAAUGGUAAUGGUGAAUGCUAGAUCGUUAACACUACACAAUGUCUGAAUGCUACUUCUGAAGAACUUACAAAUGGCAAUAAUGAACGCGAGGUUAUUAAUACUACAUUUGAAGCUAAUGCAAAAGUUGCUGUUGAUGAUUUACACUUAAUUUUAUAUUCAAUUGUUAUAUACAUAUAAGUAACUUAGUAAUUUAAGAACCUGUGAUAGUAUGAGUUUUACUGUAAUUAAAAAAUUUAUUUUUAAA